AUGUCGACUACAGAAACAGCUACAACCAACAAAGCAACAAAGGCGGCCAAGCUCAGUUUGGGGAUCCCUUCCCAACAUAAGCCUGUGAGCGAGCCCGACCAGGAAGAGAUAGCCGGGACUAAAGAGCACACUCCUGCUCUGUUCCCACACUACUUACCGGUAUGGGAGGUACCUCAAGCUCAAUACCCUCUCUUGGAGGAGUUUAACUACAUCGAGCGUGCCCUUACAGCAGACAAAACCUUCCCUGACUUGCUGCCCCCCGGCGCCAAGCUGAAAAACAUCACGGCAGCACUGGGCGCUGAAGUUACCGGCGUCCAGCUCAGUCAGCUAAAUAACCACGGAAAAGAUCAACUAGCACUGCUUGCAGCCCAGAAGAAAUUGCUCGUAUUUCGCGACCAGGACUUUGCUUCUCUCCCUGUUGGAGAAACCGUUGAUUUUUGUCGAUAUUUUGGCCGCCUAUUUUUGCAUCCGCAUUCUGGUGCUCCUAUGAAUCACCCUGAAAUCCAUCUAGUUCAUCGGAGGGCGGGAAAUACCAUAGCUCCGGACUUUUUCCAAUUUCACACUCACUCUAUGGCAUGGCAUAGCGAUAAUACAUACGAAGUACAGCCGCCGGGGAUUACAUUCCUCUAUGCUCUUGAGGUCCCUGAUGAAGGGGGUGACACUGUGUUCGUGGAUACCGAAAUGGCAUACAAGCGCCUGAGUCCCGCCUUUCAGGAAAGGCUGAAGGGGCUACAAGCAAUGCAUACUGCCCGCGAUCAAACCGCAAGGGCCCGGGAAAACGAUGGUUAUGUUCGGCGGGAGCCUAUUGAUACGGUGCACCCAAUUGUCCGUACGCAUCCUACAACCGGGAAGAAGGCGCUCUUUGUCAACCCGCAGUUUACGAGACAGGUUGUCGGGUUCAAGAAAGAGGAAAGCGACUACCUCCUCAAAUUCUUGUAUGACCAUAUGACCUCGGGUCACGAUAUGCAGUGCAGAGUCAAAUGGGAAAAUCGAUCGGUUGUCGUGUUCGAUAACCGUAACACUAUCCACUCCGCUCUAACGGACUGGAUGGAUGGUAGAAGACGGCACAUUGCUCGAAUCACUCCCUCAGCGGAGCGCCCUUAUGAGGAAUAA